CGCAAGCAGGUCAAGCAAGUCGGUUGUCUGGCUUCGAGCUGCUUGCAAAACAAACGCCAUCUUUAACCUGACUAACUACUGAAGCAGUCUUUCGGGACGAAUCUGGGUUAACGGCUUUGGAGACGAAGCGGCGUCUGGAAAUCUUCAAUCCUCGCUGAAAUUGACCAAUCUUUCGAUCGACGAUUUAUGGAUCAAUGUUUUUGAGAGGUCGGGGCAGCCCGAACGCAGUUUAGUUGUGUCGGACCUGGUUGACGCAGAGGGAUAGCUUUUUUAUUUAUUUACUUUUUUAACAAACAGCUUACUUAGGCGAAAUCAGGAUGAAACGAGGCCUCCAGGGAACUAAACAGGAGGAUGGGGGCGGCACCAGUAGCGGGACUCUCAAGCGAUCUCAUAAACAGAGGCGGGAUGCAGAACUUGCCGAAGAAGUGGUCCACUGGGAAUUGCUACCGCAAGAAGUCCUUCUCCACAUUUUCCAGUAUCUGCCUCUGCUGGAUCGAGCCUACGCUUCUCAGGUGUGCCGCGGCUGGAACCACGCUUUUCACAUGCCCGAGCUGUGGCGAUGCUUUGAGUUUGAGUUGAAUCAGCCAGCUAGCAGCUACCUGAAGGCUACACACCCCGACCUCAUUAAACAAAUCAUCAAAAGGCACGCCAACCACUUGCAAUACGUCAGCUUCAAGGUGGACAGCAGCAGAGAAUCGGCAGAAGCGGCAUGCGACAUCCUCUCUCAGCUUGUUAACUGCUCGCUGAAAACACUGGGCCUCAUCUCCACUGCUCGGCCCAGCUUCAUGGAGCUGCCUAAGUCUCACUUCAUCUCAGCACUGACGGUGGUUUUCGUCAACUCCAAAUCGUUGUCCUCCCUGAAGAUCGACGACACGCCCGUCGACGACCCCUCCCUCAAAGUCCUGGUGGCCAAUAACAGUGACACGCUGAAACUGCUGAAAAUGAGCAGUUGUCCUCACGUGUCACCCGCAGGCAUCCUAUGCGUGGCCGAUCAGUGCCACGGUUUGAGAGAAUUGGCUCUCAAUUAUCAUUUGCUGAGCGACGAGCUCCUCAUCGCCCUUUCCUCAGAGAAGCACGUUCACCUGGAGCACCUGCGCAUCGACGUGGUGAGUGAGAAUCCGGGCCAGCAGUUCCAUACGAUCAAGAAGAGCAGUUGGGACGCCAUGGUGCGCCACUCGCCCAAAUUCAACCUGGUCAUGUACUUCUUCCUCUACGAGGACGAGUUCGGCCCCUUCUUCCGCGACGAGCUGCCCGUCACGCAUCUGUAUUUCGGCCGCUCGGUCAGUAAAGACGUGCUGGGUCGCGUCGGGCUCACCUGCCCGCGCCUGGUGGAGUUGGUGGUGUGCGCUAACGGGCUGCGGCCGCUGGACGAGGAGCUGAUCCGCAUCGCCCAACGCUGCACGCAGCUGUCGGCCAUCGGCUUGGGGGAAUGCGAAGUGUCCUGCAGCGCCUUUGUGGAGUUUGUCAAGAUGUGUGGCGACAGACUGAGCCAGCUGUCAAUCAUGGAAGAAGUGCUGGUUCCCGAUCACCGCUACGGGCUGGAUGAUAUCCACUGGGAGGUGUCCAAGCAUCUGGGUCGCGUUUGGUUCCCUGACAUGAUGCCCACCUGGUGAAGCCGUGUGAGAUUUUUGGGAGAGAAUAUUCAUUCUACUAUGAGAUCUAUUAAGACACGGGGGCAAAAUAAUGAAUCUAAUCACGUGGACUCGAAAAGAAAUCAUGUCAAAUGAUUUUCAAGUUGUCCACGCCAUUUGUAUAUAUUUUCUAUAUAUAUUUAUAUCUAUAUUUAAAUGUUUCCGUUUGGACAAAACAUUCAGCACUUUGUUCUCGGAGCAACGUGCAGAUUUGUCAAGUGGCGGUUUUAGGGAUGACCUUUUCUGUGCAAAUCACGGAAAUGUCUGGAACGGAAGGGCACAUUGUGGCGGUUGUAUCAUGGAGUCGUGUAUUUAUCGAAUCGUAAAACCUGAUAUAACCUGAUAUAACCCUUCAAAUUGGAACCAGUUAGACUUUUAAUUUCGGCCAUAUACAGAGUGUCAACCUUUGGCGCCGCGUGAAGGAACGCUUAAUCACUUUUGAUAAGCGUUUACAAAGCACUUUGAGAGAUAUAAAAAUAACACGUUGAUGAGAUUAAAAUUUCAGAGUAUGUUUAGGGGUGAACCAGACCUGGUGGUUGAAUACUAGGUAACCAGUUCACAGAUAAUAGAACGGACGGCACUUAGCAAUAUACAGUGAUCACACGUUUUGUUUUGUUUUUCUUUUCAGUAUUAUACAUUUGAGAUCGACACACACAUGCAAUGAACGAUCACAAUCCUUAGCUGUGUACACAUGCAUACAUAUUUGGCCAUUUUCAUUGGCGCCGUUUCAUCUAUUAAUGAACUCUAGGUAGCUCCAUUAUGAUGAAUUCCAAAUACUUAAGAUGAAGGUCAUUCUAAAGGGCACCCUGAACAUAUUGUAUAGCCGUCCAACAUGAUUUGUGAAUGGAUGAUGUUGGUUUAGUGUGAGCUUCAGAAUCUUUGAAAUGUUCCAGAACAGUCCUCAGAAUGUACACGCUUGUAUGAAACUGAGGGCCUUUAACAAAACUGUAUAUACUGCAUCAUCAUGUGAGGUUGACGUGGAGAUCAUCUCUUUUGUACAACUCAAAAGUUAUGUUGGGAUUUUUGGCCAAUCCAAGGAAAAAUACGCAAUUCAAAUUCAACCACGGAAAUCAUCCUGAAUCAGUGCUCCGAUAACAAGAUGACUCAUGAAAAUGUAUUGCUUUAGUGAGAUGUUUUCACGUUUCACUAUUUUUCUUAGCGCUCGAGUGGGAACGUAACUGGAUUAAGUCUUAAAAUUCAUGCAGCCUCUUUGUGGACUCACUGAAGGACAUCAACCUUGGACCGGUCAAUAAUAGAACUCUUUAAAUCAUUGUGUUGAAACCGUCCAUCCAUUUUCUGUACCGCUUUGCCUGUUCAAGGUUGACAAUCAGCCUUUGCAGUAAUUUAUUUGCAAAUGUUCCCCAGUUGUGUCCAUGACCUCGGCAGUGGACUCUGUUCUUUUUUUUCUUUUUUUUUUGCAAUACAUUAUGUCUUAAUAAAUACAUACCAUUGGUGGAUAUAAA